AUGUUUUCAAAUUUUUCUCGUGAAUUUCUUGUUCGAUUCAGUGAAGAUUAUGCCCAAAUUCAUGGUCGUAUUGUAUUUCCCAUAACAAUUAUUGGAAUUUUAACAAGUAUAGUGACAAUUCUUAUCUUAAAUCGGAAAACAUUUCAAACUCCAACAAAUUUAAUUCUUCAACAUGUGGCAUUUUUUGAUACAAUUGUUUUAUUUUCAUAUAAUAUUUAUUCAUUUUAUUUUUAUAUUCUUCAUGAUCCAAAUCCAUUUGUGGGUCAAUCCCAAUUUUGGAUACGUUUUGCCAUCUUUCAUUCAAAUAUUGGUGUCACAGCACAUUCCAUUGCUCUUUGGUUAACUUGUCUUCUUGCAAUUAUUCGUUAUACGAUCAUCUCAAAACCCAAACGAGUACAAAUUAAUUUUACACAUGUAACAAUUUUAAUUUGGAUUUUUGCUAUAAUUGUAUGUUUAUUAAUGAUUCCAAGUUAUUUUGCAUGGAAAACAGUUUAUUGGAUAAGUCAAGUAACAGGAAAAGGUUUAGAAAAAAUCUCUUUUGGAAUUAUCGCCAUCUGUCUGAAAAUUUCUCCAGUUAUUAUUUUAAUUCUUUUCAGUGUUUUAUUAAUUUUAAAUAUUCGUAAUGCACGAAAAUUACGUGAACGUCUUCGUCAUCGUUAUUCAUCAAUAAAAUCUUCAUCAAAUUUCAAACGUGAAUUACGAACAACAACAAUGCUCGUUUUAAUCACUUUAUGUACGGUUUUUGUUGAAUUACCUCAAGGUUUAUUAUUAAUUGCAAUUGGAUUUGAUAAACAAUUCUUUGUAUUAUAUUCCCAUUUAGGAGAUUUUUGGGAUAUUUCAUCAAUCAUUUCAUCAUUUAUUACAUUUAUUAUGUAUUGUUUAAUGUCACAACAAUUUCGAAUGGAAAUGAUUUCACUUCUUUUACCCGAAUUUCUAAUACAAAAAUUUCAUUUAAGUACAAAUAGAACUUCAUUAUCAAGACAAAUUAGUUUAAAACCUAUGAAAUCACAAAAUUCACCAUCAAAUAUUCCGAAAACAAGAGAUAUUCCUACUGAUCUUUAA